UCUUCUCUGACUAAAAAUCACUGAUUAAACCCUUUCCGCGAAAAAAGGAUAUUUAUUUACAAGUAGCAAUAAGUUAUUUAUUUAACAUUUAAUAACAAUAAUAAUCACAAUAACUUAAUAAAAAUGACAUUAACAAAUAUCGUGUGUCGUACAUGUUUUACUGCCAGUGGAGGUUUAAAUCCUCUAACAAAGAUGAGUUACUUUAAUAAAAAAGAAACAAAAUCCUAUGCUGAGCUUCUAGAGGAAGUCACAAACAUGAAUAUCAAAGAACACAAAUAUCGAGAAUUUCCCCAAUCAAUAUGCGAUAAAUGUAUACGUAGUCUAAAAACUGCCCAUAAAUUUAUACAACAAGCCAAAGAAGUCAAUGAAAAACUAUACAUUAUGCUAAAUAAGAAAUUGUCUACCAUGCAGAAGACCAAAAAUGCUAUAGGAGAAGAAAUAGAAAUUAAAGUGGAAAAUAAUGCUCUGGAAGCAGAGGGAAAAAUGGAUUGUUUACAGGAAACACAAAUCGAUUUAGAAACGUUUUUAGAAAUAAAAAUUGAAAACAAACAAAUUGAAAAGGAAAUGGACUCAUUGGAUGGUUUAAAAGAAACUAUAGAAAAUAAAGAUGGAGAUACACGAAAAAGAGAAAGUUUGAAAAUCGAUAAAUAUAACGAUUUGGAUGAUUCUGAAUCUAUAGACACAAAUAUUACAGAUUCGGAUUCAGACUGGCAGGAAAGUGAAAAAGUAUCAGACAGAAAAUUAGCCAAACAGAAAGCAGACAAAAAGUUUAUUAAUGUUGCAACUGAAUCAAAUAAUUCUGUUUUCGAAGGAAAACAUAACGACUCAAAUAACAAUAAAGAUGACAGUGAAACUAAUAAAAUUCCAACAAAAACAAAAUCUUUAAGCAAAGUUAAUAAAUGCUUAAAUGAAGAAAUUGUCGAAUCGGCCGUACCCUGCAAUGUUUGUAAUAAAAUAUUUCAAAAUUCUAAAGCCUUAGAGAGUCAUCUAAAAAUUAGCCAUAUACCGGACGAUAAGAAAUGUUCAUGCCCCUUAUGUGGCAACAAAUAUGUUAAGUAUAGCAAUAUGUAUGCACACAUGCGUGCGGUACAUGGACAAGAUUCAGUUAUUUAUAUGAAUAAACCCGAAAGGCCAGAAAGUGAUUAUAUCUUUAAAUGUGAUAAAUGCCCCAAAAAAUAUUGCCAGAAAAAAAGUCUAGUCAAACAUAAACAAUCAAAACAUUCUCCACGUACAAUGGAAACGAAAAAGAAGAAAUCACCUGCUGUAAAUCCGGGUUCAUUAUGUCCAAUUUGUGGCAAAGUUUUUACUUCCCGUAAUCACUUAACGGCUCACGUAAGGCAACACACUGGUGAACGGCCAUUUAAAUGUGAUUUUUGUGAACGUAGUUUUUUAGUUGUUACCGAACUUAACCGACAUCGACGUCAACAUACCGGUGAUAAACCGCAUAAAUGUGAGAAAUGUGGCAAAGGUUUUGUCUCAGCGAAAUAUUUACGUCAACAUAUGGCCUCGCAUAGCGAUGAAAGGCCCAAUAAAUGUAACCAAUGUGAACGUCGUUAUAAAUUUGCACAGGAUUUAAAAAUACAUAUGUUAACACAUACCGGUGAACGACCAUUUAUAUGUACGGUGUGUGGAGAUAGUUUUCAACGACCGGUUACACUGAGACAACAUCGAAAAAUACAUGAAUUGAAUGUAUUAUCGUCCACUUAAUGCUAACCAGCCCAUUCUAAUAAAAAAAUGCAACUCGGUAACUAGAGAUAUUGCUAAUAAUUUACCAUCAACUAAUAAAGAUCUGUUGGAAGUGUUAACAAAUAUUCUGCAAGGUCAAAAGGAGAUAAAUACUAGACUGGAGAAUAUAGAAAAAACU